CGUGCUAGCUGUGUCCGGCUAUCUAGCUAUGUCGUAGCUUCUCUAGCGAAUUUCUUUCUUUCAUACUAGCUACUCGUGUCUCUCUAGAAAACGUUACCGUGGCGACAUAAAAUGCGAGAUAACCGUUGUUGACAAAAGAAACACGUCAGGGACCACAAUGGCAAGUGAUGUGUGCAGCCAUGUAAAGGUGGUUGUUCGAGUGAGGCCGACCAAUGAGAGCGAGAAGCGUGAAAACUGUCGAAAUGUGGUCCAGGUUGUUGAUAGCCACAUGCUUAUAUUUGACCCCAAGGAAGAGGACACGUCAUGUUUUGGGGCACAAAGAGUACGAAACAGAAACAUCAACAGGAGGGCCAACAAAGACCUGAAGUUUGUUUUUGACCACGUCUUUGGGGAGGACUCUACUCAAGAUGACAUCUUCGAGAGCACCACUAAAGGAGUGCUAGAUGGUGUAAUGAAUGGAUUUAACUGCACAGUGUUUGCCUACGGUGCUACUGGAGCAGGCAAGACACAUACCAUGUUAGGCACGCAAAAUGACCCUGGGGUCAUGUACCGCACCAUGACAGAGCUGUUCAAACGCAUGGAUGAAGCCAAGGAGGAGAAAGAGUUUGCUGUUGCAUUCUCAUAUCUUGAGGUUUACAAUGAACAGAUCAGAGACUUGUUGGCUAAUGCAGGGCCUCUUGCAGUCAGAGAGGACAGCUCUAAGGGAGUGGUUGUUCAGGGCCUCACACUGCAUCAGCCCAAAUCUGCAGAGCACAUACUUGAGGCUCUGGAUUCUGGUAAUCGCAACAGGACACAGCACCCUACUGACAUGAAUGCAACCUCUUCCCGGUCCCAUGCUGUAUUUCAGAUAUAUUUAAGACAGCAGGACAAAACCGCUUGCCUCAAUCCUAACGUCUGUGUUGCCAAAAUGAGCCUGAUUGAUCUGGCAGGCUCAGAGAGAGCUAGCGCCACCAACGCUAAGGGGGCACGUCUGCGGGAAGGUGCUAACAUCAAUCGCUCCCUCCUUGCCCUUGGAAAUGUUAUCAAUGUUCUUGCUGACCCAAAGAGUAAGAAAACUCAUAUACCAUACAGGGACAGCAAGUUGACGCGCAUACUUAAAGACUCCUUGGGGGGCAACUGCAGGACAGUUAUGAUUGCCAAUGUUAGCCCCUCAUCCAAGUCAUAUGAUGACACCCACAACACACUUAAGUAUGCAAACAGGGCCAAGGAGAUUAAGUCCUCGCUGAAGAGUAAUGUUGUGAGCCUGGACAGUCACAUUGGCCAGUAUGUAGUGAUAUGUGAGAAGCAACGGCAAGAGAUUCUCCAGUUGAAGAAGAAACUAAAAGAAUACGAGGAGAAGAACAUGGUGCCUGGGGCUUCUAACAUGAUCUCCUCCCAGAGACAGGAAAAGUUCAAAGGGGUGUCAGAAGCUCUGCAGCGAAUCUUCUCGGGCCGGGCCCAAAUCAGGAAAGAACAGCUGGAUCUGGAGAGGCAAUUGAAGGAGAAUGAGCUGCGCCAGCGCUACAGUGAGGAGGACAACCUGCAGGUCCAAUAUUUCUGUGCCAAAGACAAGACUGAGAAGGCCACUUGUAAGCACGAGCGGAAGAUUGCCAGCUUACGCACUCAGCAGGAACACAUUCGUAAACGUCUGAAGGAGGCAGAAACACGUUUCCUGGACAAUGAUGGCUGGCUUCAUCGUGUCGAGAAUGAGAUUAAGCUGCUGAAGUCAAAUGAUCAGACCUCAGAGGUGUUAGAGAAGGGCCUACAUUGCCACAGACUUGAUCUGCAGGUUAAUGAUCUCAAACAACACAUCAAGCAGAUGGUCGAGCUCACUGCACUGCAGGAUCAGGAGAACAAGCGCAUGCAGAAAAUGGUGAACAUCUUGUUGCCGGCUUAUAGUCGGCACUACUCUGCAUUACGUGAGGCUGGGCAGGUCACAGCCACAGAUAAGAUGGAGAACCAUGAGCUAGAGCACCUUGUGCUGAGAGAGAGAGGUGUGGUCUGGGCCGACCAGGAAGGAGCUGGGCAGCAGCCGAAAGGUAAAGCGACUGGAGAAGCCUCACAGGAGACAAAUGAGGUGGGCCGCAGCGAGUUGGCACCUGUCCUGUCUUUCUCACAUCUGCUGUACCACCAGAGUAGCCCCUGCAGUGCAGAGGUACGCACAAAAAGAACAUCACUGUGCAACGCUGUUCCAUCACCAAAAGGUGGAGGAAAACAGACGGAUAUGAAACAUGAACCGCGUCCCAAAAUGCCCAUCAGAAGAAAUCUGUCUGCAUCACUGCCACCACAAAGUCCCCGGGCCAGCGCCAAGGCUGACGUGUUUGAGGAGGGCAUGUUCCCACUCCAGUGCACACCAGAACUGUCUCAAAAAACUUUUCGGGCCCUGCCACUGAGCUCCUCCAGCACCAUGGAUCCCAACAUGACAUUUGAAGUUCUGGACAAUGAUGAGCCAAGUGCGAGUAAUGCAACCAUCAUAAUAAGCACAGGCAGUCCCUGUCGAGAAUCAACAUCCACAGACUUCUCAGGUCCCAGCCAACUACUCCAUCCACCCAAGGCCAAUGAGGGGAGCCAGAAUACUACCAAAAGACAACAGAUGCCGUCUUUACAAGAAGUGAGACGAGCCAACCCAACCUACAUGAGCAUGACGUCUGCUGCACAAGGAAAGCGUAAAUUUAACAGCAGCAUCAAAGCAGAGUUAACACAGGGUUUCUCUGCACCGAAGCGCAUAAAGAAAGACUCCACAUUGGCCCUGAGACCACUUAGAGUACAUCGCUUUGCAGGUUCAGAGGAGAACAAGCCGCGAAGAGUCGUGAGGAGCAUUUCUGAAGGAAACCUCAGCCUGCUCGAACCUCAGAAAUCCAAGUCCAUUUUCUAUAAAACGUCCCAACAGUUAAAACGAGUGACCAAACGCAUGUGAGGCAACAUCAUGUUGGAAUCAGGAUAUCUUGCUUGCCAACUUUUUUCCAACCUUAUUCAUCUUUUCAAAAUAUUUACUCAUUUAAAAAAAAAAAGAGUUCCACUGUGCAGGUUUCUCAAACGCUUAUGUAAUAGGACAAAAUGUAAUAUAAGUUGCACUAUUUUGUGAAUGUCUUCGAUUCAGUCUCCCACUACACUACUUGACUGUAAAUAAACAUUGUAUAGUUAUUGAUCAUCUCUUUAGAUUAUUCAUUUAAUAGUUUUUAAAACCAAGUUUUUUAUUUCUAA